GCAGCUCAUACCAGACCACCAGGCGCACCGGCAGUCCCAUCUCUGCUGACUCAGUGCCUUACCAGCAGUCCACUCACCCCGAGAUACCGCAUCCAGCAACAGACGCACCUUGACUCUGCUCCACCGGCCCCGGCACCACCACCACCGUACAGAAAUGGCUAAGACCGCAAUCGCUUACAAAGAGAAGAUGAAGGAGAUCUCAGUUCUCUCAUUCAUCUGCUCUUGUCUGUACCCGGAGACCCCCAGAAACAUCUUGGGUGACUUUGAAGACAUGGCCAUCAAGCCCAUUAACAAGCGAGCCUCGGGCCAGGCCUUUGAGGUCAUCCUGAAGCCGUCCUCCCCUGUGUCUGAUGCUACCCACUGCAUCACCACCCCCCCAAAGAGGGACGUUUCCCUGGAGGACAUCCAGAAGAAACUGGAGGCAGCUGAGGAACGGAGGAGAUCCCAGGAGGCACAGGUACUCCGGGCCCUGGCUGAGAAGCGGGACCACGAGCGUGAAGUGCUGCUGAAGGCCAUGGAGGAGAACAGCAACUUCAGCCGCAUGGCGGAGGAGAAGCUCCAGGUUAAGAUGGAGCACAUCGAGGAGAACCGGCAGGCUUACCUGGCUGCCAUCAUGGAGCGCCUGCAGGAGAGGGAGAGGCAUGCUCAGGAGGUGCGCCGGAACAAGGAGUUGAGAGAAGAAGUGACAGCGUGAGAAGCCCCAACAGGUUCUCCGUCCCACCUCCAAACCCCCCAACCCCAACCACCACCCCCGACCCUGAGGAACACCCCUCUCCACCCACCUUAUCCCACAUGUCCCCACCUUCUCCACCCCUCCGCCAUACUCCCCCCAUAUUAUUAUGAAACUACCACAGCCUGAGAUGCCACCCCGAGACAGUGGGAGGUUCAAAUGGGGGUGGGGGUGGAAAAAAAACAGCAAAAAUAAUUUAGGCAAAAAAAGAAAAAUUAAUGUCUACCACCCACUCUUCCCAAAAAAAGAAUGUUUUUGCCCCGUUUCAAAUGAAAAGAAAAAAAAAACUAAUUGACAAGCGACAGUGGGUGUUGGUUUUUGUAAAUACUUCUUUUUUUGUUAUAUACAGUACGAUACAAGCAGCAAAAGUAUUGAUUGCAGUGUGCCAUUUUUUUCUAUAUAAGUUUACUCUCACCUGCUUAAAAUAUGGAUGUAAUUAUUUGUUAAUUUCAUGCUUUUGUUUCGUUCAUUUCAGCCUGAGAAUCAUUUCAGUCGUAGGUGUUUAUUGUGAGUUUGCCAGCUAGCUGAUGUGUGCAGCGACUGGUUGCGUCCUCACAAGGCCCGCAUCCUGGCUCCGUUCCCUCGUCCCUGCGAACGGGCACUCAUUUGACCCAGCAGAUCUGGAAACAGAACUGGAUCUGUGUUUGGUUGGAGUGAUUUUCCAUCCAGACUUUGCCAAUGUUCCAAUUAGCGAGAGACACGGGCGGGCGAGUUGCCAAAAGGAACGGGGGACAGUUUGCUUUCUAUGGGGGACCGCAAGUUGUCACUGCACAUCCACUCCUGUGAGGUAGAUGGUGAUUGUACCACAGGAGAACACCAUUGCAUUUAAUGAGCCCAUCCUCAUCCUCCUUCCCUCCGUCUGUGACCUCUUCAUCUCUCCACAUACGUACAUACUGUAGAAGCACUCACUCACACGCUCUCCACGUGGGCAGGCAUUUAGCCAAUCACAGCACAGAGCUCAGGAGGAGCUCGCUAAAUUCUGUCCAUCUGGCACCGGAAAGCUCACAUAACAUCCUUGACCAAUGGCGGGCCGCUUAUAUUCCUCAGACACAAGCUUCCAAUCACAAGUUACUGUACUAUACAACACAACUGAGGUUAAAGUGCAUCUCAAGAACGCUGGAGUGGAAAAAACAACUUCACUAGACGUGUUACUGUGAAUCUUAAAUUGGAGAAACUACAAAUAAAUUGCAGCUUUCUCCAUUUGCUAGAGGCUAGAGUAGUGCCCAACAUCUCAUCAGCUCCUGCUGUUCUCAUCACACUUCACUCCUAGACACAGUCAACGCCACCGAAAGGUCGGCACAAGAAAGAUAUUUAAGCCAUAACAGGUACAGCUGCAACAACGAUUAAAACAAAGUAUUGCCAUCUGUAACGGUGUACAUGAGUGUAUUAAAGGAAUGUCGGUCACACGCGCACAGUAGGCCAAUAGAUGUGUGCGAGCGUGUGUGUGUGUGUGUGUGUUUUGCAGAAAUGGCAGGUAGAUAACAGAACGUUCGUGCCAUGUGAUAUUGACCCGGUGAAGUAAAACCAACGCCAUCACAGUGUGUAACAACAUCACAGACAGACGACCCUACCUGCCUCUCUCUUUCUCUCCUCUGUCCAUUUGUGUGUAUCCCUCCUCUCCACGUAUAUCUUUGUGAGCAAGCAGUGGUUAAUAAAGAUUUGGGGUUCAGUGAAUGAA